AUGUUUCUCUCCAGGAUAUGCCGGCAAGCAGCAGCCAAGCCGUUUUUUAAGGUAACAGUAUCCGGGAACGUGAAGGUGACAGCCAAACAAUCCGCCAUCCCCAACAGCGGCCAAGGAAAAGUCGUGACCCGCAAAUUUCGGCAGCACCUCUCCGAGUAUCUGAGGAAUUUGGCCGAUCCCGCGAUUGAAAAGGAGCUGCGCCCCCUCCGUCACGACGCCAGGGAGGCGGCCGACGCCGUGUUGAGGCUCAAAUCGGAAAAAGCCGCCAAGGACACGCUGGACAAGGCCGUCGACGAGUUGAAGGAGCGCAAACGGAGAUUGGAGGAGAAGGAGCUGGAGCUGGCCCCGGUGGAGGCGUCAUUCGACCGCACAAAACUCGACACCCUCCUCCACGCCUGCCACUUCUAUCGGCCGGCUUUCGGCAUUUAUGGCGCAUUUCCGGGCUUGCUGUACCUGGGCAGUAACGGCUCGAAGAUGAUGGCGAAUCUGAUCGGGUUGUGGGAGGACCACUUCGUUUUCGAGGAACAAAUGCUCCAAAUUACCGCACCGCACAUCACCCCGCAAUGUGUGUUAAGGGCUUCCGGCCACGUGGACCGUUUUGCCGAUUGGAUGGUGCGCGACGUGGAGAAUGGGGAAUAUUUUCGAGCGGACCACUUUGUCAGGGAUGCCCUCGGCAAGGCAAAAAUCGACGACGAAACGAAAAGCGCCCUGCUCGGCCGGGUGGGAAAUAUGGGCCGCGACGAGCUGUGGGAGACCAUCCAGAAAUACUCGCUGAAGUCGCCGGCCGGGAACGGCGUCUCCCCGCCCGAGCAGGCCAACCAAAUGUUCGCCGUUCAGAGCGGCUUCUCCGGCGAGACGUCAUUCCUUCGCCCCGAGACCGCGCAGGGGAUAUUCGUCGAAUUCAACGAUUUUUUGCACGCGAAUAAGGGAAAAAUGCCGUUUGCGAUCGCGCAAACGGGAACGUCCUUCCGAAAUGAGGUGAACCCGAAACACGGCCUAAUCAGGACCCGCGAGUUCCAAAUGUGCGAAAUUGAGCAUUUCCACGAUCCGCUGGACACGAGCCACCCCCGAUUUGCCGAGGUGCGAGACUCCCUGCUCAACCUCUACACCGAUGAAGCCCAGCAAAUCGGAGCGGCGCCGCAAUUGAUUCGAUUAGGAGAUGCCGUCGCAAAGGGCCACAUCUCGAGCGAGACGAUCGGCUACUACCUGGCGCGCACCAAUGACUAUCUGCAAAAGAUUGGCAUCGACCCACAGCGGCUCCGCUUCCGCCAGCAUCAACGCAACGAAAUGGCCCACUACGCCAAGGAAUGCUGGGACGCAGAGGUGUUCACGAGCUAUGGCUGGAUCGAGUGCGCCGGGAUCGCCGAUAGGGGCACCUACGAUUUGGGCCAGCACUCCGAGGCAACCAACGUGCCGUUAAAAGCCGAGCGCCGCGAUCCGAUUACGGGCACGACUACAAGCUACACCCCGGCCGUCAUCGAGCCGUCAUUUGGAAUGGGGCGGAUUAUGUACGCGCUUCUCGAACAUUCAUUCCGCCAACGAGCGGGCGACGAGUUGAGAAUGUUUCUGUGCCUACACCCCGAGGUGGCCCCCAUAAAAUGCGCCGUUCUACCGCUGGCCUCAAAUUCUGAAGAAUUGGCCAAGGCCACGACUACCGUAUGCCGAUCGCUGCAUCGGGCGCGGAUACCGUAUACUUUGGACGACUCGAACGGCUCGAUCGGGAAGCGGUACGCGCGCACCGAUCGCCCCGGGACCCCGUUUGCGAUUACGGUAGACUACGAGACACUCCAGCGGCCGCAAACUGUCACCGUACGCCUCGCGUUGAGCCAGCAGCAGGCCAGGGUUAAGCUCGAUGCCCUCCCCGCCGUAAUCCGGGGUCUCAUCGACGGGUCGCUGUCGCUUGAAAAAGCCGGAAAAAUCUUGGAU